AGAAAUUCGGGGGUUGUGCAAAGUGAAUCCUCUCCCAAUUAAAAUGCAAGUUGCAUUUGAUUGAUGUGCUGCCCUCGCGUAAAGACUUACCGCACUACGUAUUCUACCCACCAGCCACUCUGAUUGGUGAAGCUGGUUUCUAUCAAGCGCCGCAGGAUGCAAGGCAACAGAGGCCCCCGUCCUGAACAGCACAACCAUGGCCCCCCGAGACACCAUGGCCCACCACCCCAUCAAAGACGAGGCCCCGACAGCAACGGGCAACACGCAGAAACCAGCAAACAGCCAGACGGAAACUCUGCCAUCACGAUAGAUCUCCAGGCCUUCAGGAAACCGGGCGAGAAGACUUACACGCAACGCAGCCGGCUGUUUGUGGGCAACCUGCCGGCCGGGACCACGGAGGAGGAGGUGGACGCUCUCUUCUCCAAGUACGGCAAACCGUCCGAGAUAUUCAUCAAUAAGGACAGAGGCUUCGGAUUCGUGAGGCUGGAGACGCGGACCCUGGCGGAGAUCGCGCGGGUGGAGCUGGACGACGCGCCCUUCAACGGGCGGCAGCUGCGCGUGCGCUUCGCCACCCAGGGCUCGGCCCUGUCGGUGCGCAACCUGCCGCAGAACAUCUCCAACGAGCUGCUGGAGGAGGCCUUCUCCGUGUUCGGCCAGGUGGAGCGCGCCAUCGUCAUCGUGGACGACCGCGGCCGCCCCACGGGCAAGGGCAUCGUGGAGUUCACCGCCAAGCCCCCGGCCCGGAAGGCGCUGGACCGCUGCUCCGGCGGGGCCUUCCUGCUCACCGCCUUUCCGAGGCCUGUGACUGUGGAGCCUCUGGAGCAGUAUGAUGAGGAAGAAGGGCUGCCGGAGAGGCUCAUCAACAAGAACCAGCAGUUUCACAAGGAGCGGGAGCAGCCCCCGCGCUUCGCGCAGCCCGGCUCGUUCGAGUACGAGUACGCCAUGCGCUGGAAGGCCCUGAUGGACAUGGAGAAGCAGCAGUACGACCAGGUGGACCGCAACAUCAAGGAGGCGCGGGAGAAGCUGGAGGCGGAGCUGGAGGCUGCCCAGCACGAGCACCAGGUCAUGCUCAUGAGACAAGAUUUGCUGAGGAGGCAGGAGGAGCUCCGCCGGAUGGAGGAGAUGCACAACCAGGAGAUGCAGAAGAGGAAGCAGAUGGAGCUGCGGCAGGAGGAGGAGCGCAGGAGGCGCGAGGAGGAGAUGGCCCGUCGGCAAGAGGGCUUCAAGCCUGGGUUCCCCGAAAAUAGGGAGCAAGAGGUGAGAAUGCACAUGGCAGGGCAAGGCAUGGGUAUGAACAGAGCCCCUAUGGGUGCAGCAAAUCUGGCCGGCGGAGCAGGCGCCAUGCCAACUGAUGCCAACCCAAUAAUGGCACAGCAUGAACGCUUUCCCCUGGAAGGCGUGGGCAACAAUGCCCUGCCUGGGGCCCAGCCGGGGUUCCCCAGGGGUCCCCCUGGGCCCGCUGACUUUGGCCCCAACAAGCGCCGCAGAUACUGAGGAAAGGGGGGGCUAGGACCCGGCCGCCGUUCACCUUUCAUGUAGUGGGUUUUUUUUUUUCCCCCCUCUCCUUUGUCUCUUUUUUUUUAACGAACUCUGCCUGUACAAUUUUUAAACUUCGGUGUCCUGGAAGACGCCUCUGCCGCAGCUGUUUUGUAUGGGAUGCGUUGUACACUCGGCCCUGCUAAGACCUGCUUCCGUAGUGACCCCCCCCUCCACCCACAUUGUACAGUGAUAGUUUGAUACUUUUUGUGCAUUUUUAAAGAAAAAGUUAAAGAAUUCAUGUAAGCCUCUUUCCUCAUAAUUGUCCUCCUCUAAUAAAUUUGAAAAAUGCCA